CACAAUUAUUGGAUAUUUUAUUUAUACUUUUCUCCGUUCAUUUUGAACUACACUUGCGCAGCUUUCCUUUUGCUCCAAAAUCAAAAUCCUAAAGAAACUCUUUCGUGCUUCAAUUGUCUCUUGGUUGAUUUAGUUGAAUUAAGAUGGAGGGUGACAGAAUCAGGUGCUUGAUGAAACUCUUUCGUGCUCUAAUUGUGGUGUUCACUUUACUGCAAUGUGCUGUCAACCCUUCCUUUUCCCUUGGAUUCAAAAAUAUUUCUUCGGAAGGAGUGGUGAGGUGCUUUGAGAGGGAAAGAGAAGCACUCCUUGCUUUCAAGCACGGCCUCGUGGAUCCCUACAAUCUCCUCUCUUCGUGGGGAAGAGAAGAACACAAGCAAGAUUGUUGCAAAUGGGUCCGCGUCCACUGCAGCAACCGAACCAACCAUGUUACUCAACUCGAUCUCUCUUAUGCUUCUUAUGGUGGUCGAUUUCCAAGUCAAGUUGGAAACCUUACCCACUUGCAAUAUCUUGAUCUCAGUGGGAAUGACUUUAACAGUGUAGAAAAUCUGAAAUCAUGGCUCCCUCAUCUUUCUUCUUUAACAUAUUUGGAUCUGAGUAGCACCAAUCUCAGUAAUGCUCAUGACUGGCUGGAAAUAGUUAGUAAGCUCCCUAAACUUACAAACUUGACGUUACUGGAGUGUAGCCUUCCUUCUCCUGUAAUCCAUUCCAGUACUCUUUUUAACAUAAAUUCUUCAAAAUCUCUUGCUCAUGUUGAACUCUCUGACAGCCAAUGCACUUCUCCUUCAAUAUAUUUAUGGUUGUCAAACUACAAUGCUAGCCUUGUCUUUCUUCGCCUCGAUAACAGCAGUUUAACUGGUUUAAUUCCCAGCGUCAUUGAAAACUUGACCUCUCUUGUCUAUCUAUCUCUCUCUUAUAACAAAUUUGACGCGGUGAAUCCGCAUUCUUUUUCCAGCUUAUGCAGUUUGCAAUCACUGUACCUUGUCAAUAAUAGUCUGAGUGGACAGUUUUCCGAGUUUGUUCAAAUGUUGUCUACAUGUGUUCAAAACUCAUUAGAGUCUCUGUCCCUCUCUUACAAUCAUAUUUCUGGAUCAAUUCCUAAUCUUACAAACUUUUCAUCGUUGAAAGUAUUAUUUCUCUAUAGGAAUCAAUUGAGUGGAACAAUACCUGAAAGCAUUGGGCAACUGUCUAAUCUGGAGGAAUUAGAUCUCUAUGGAAAUCAAUUGAGUGGAACAAUACCUGAAAGCAUUGGGCAACUGUCUAAUCUGGAGGAAUUAUAUCUCGAUGGAAAUCAAUUGAGUGGAACAAUACCUGAAAGUAUUGGGCAACUGUCUAAUCUGGAGUAUAUGUACUUGGGUAUGAAUGAUCUGGAAGGUGUGGUUUCGGAAACCCAUUUCUCUCAACUCUCCAAAUUACGGUAUUUGUAUUUGUCCUCUAACUCGCUAGUUUUAAGCUUCAAUUCUAAUUGGGUUCCUCCAUUUAAAUUGAAGUUUAUAUAUUUGGGAUCUUGCAAAAUGGGUCCGUAUUUUCCAAAAUGGCUUCAAACUCAGAAUGAGUAUUCAGCCCUCGAUAUUUCUGAUGCUGGAAUUGUGGAUAUCCUUCCAAGCUGGUUUUGGGGUACGACUCGUUACGCGAGAUUUAUCAGUCUUUCCAAUAAUCAAAUUGGAGAAAUGUUUGCAAGUUCGACAAUGAAUUUUACAUAUUAUCCUGAAAUACAUUUGAGUUCGAACCAAAUCGAAGGUCCAAUUCCCUCAACUCUAUCGCAUGCGUCAUCUUUGGAUCUCUCUAAUAACAACAUUUCAGGGUCAAUUUCUAUCUUGUGUGAAGCAUACGAGAGUUUAAUGUUUCUUAAUCUCUCAAACAACAAUCUCUCCGGAGAACUUCCACAAUGCUGGACACAUUUUGACCAUCUAGUCAUGCUUGAUUUGAGUUACAAUGCUUUUUCCGGCAAAAUUCCAUCCACGGUGGGCUCACUAUAUCGCAUGGAAACAUUGAAAUUAAGAAGCAACAGAUUUGUUGGCGAGUUUCCUUCAUCCUUCAAGAAUUGCACCAGUUUAAAAGUUCUUGAUGUUGGGUACAAUCAAUUAUCAGGACCCAUUCCAAAAUGGUUAGGGGUUAGCCUUCAGAAAUUGGUUGUCCUGAUGCUUUCCUCUAAUAACUUCAACGGAAGCAUGCCAUCUGAACUAUGCCGUCUAACAAACAUUCAAAACUUGGAUGUGUCUGCGAAUAACAUCUCUGGAACAAUACCAAAAUGCCUCAGCAAUUUUACUGUUUUGGCACAGAAGGGAAACUCUUCUCCGACCAUUGGACAUUGGUACAGAAGAGAUGAUACUUCCUAUUGGGUUAGUUAUAUGGAUGAUGCAACAUUUAUAUGGAAGGGAAGAAUGUACUCGUACAAAAACACUUUGGGACUUGUGAAGAGAAUUGAUUUCUCUAGCAAUAGAUUAACGGGGGAGAUUCCAAGUGAAAUCACGGAUCUUGUUGGGUUAGUUUCUUUAAACCUGUCGAGAAACGAUUUGACAGGUGAGUUACCUGCAAAGAUUGGAAAGUUGCAAUCAUUGGAUGCCCUUGAUUUGUCAAGAAACCAGAUAGAUGGCAGAAUUCCAACAAGCCUUGCUCAGAUAUAUGGUCUUGGUGUCUUGAACUUGUCAUACAACAACUUUAUUGGCAAAAUUCCAACUGGCACUCAGCUCCAAAGUUUUGAUCCCUCUGAUUAUGCUGGAAAUCCUCAGUUGUGCGGACCUCCACUUCCAAAGAUGUGUGGUGAUCAACAGGAAACUCCAAUCUCGAGCAACGAAGAAGAGGAGGAUGAGCCUAUAACAUGGGAAUUUUACAUCAGCAUGGUGCUUGGCUUUAUUGUUGGAUUUUGGGGAGUUUGUGGCAGUCUGAUUUUUGUGAGGUCAUGGAGAUACUCGUACUUCAGGUUCUUGAAUGUCUUGAAUGAUUGGUUUUAUGUGACGGUGAUUUCAAUCAAGCAGCACUUCAAUUAAGCAAUGCAUCUUCUGAGACAGUGUAGACGGCCUCACUUCACUGAAAGAGCUUCCACGAACCAUUAUCUGUACAAGUUUUCAAAGUAUUGAGUUGUCAUAAUAAAGAACUUUACUACUAAAUCUACUUGACAGAUGAUUUGUAAGUGUUAAUUGUUUGUAAGAAGUUUAUGUUUAUGUUUACUUUAUCAAGACCUUUCUGCAGUAUAUGUUUUGAUUCAUGAUAUGAACUAAAGAUAUUCAGUUAA